GCACCGUGUAUGACGACAUCGGGGGCAGUGGCUGCAUUCCCGUGAGCCAGUGCCACUGCAGGCUACACGGACACCUGUACACACCGGGCCAGGAGAUCACCAAUGACUGCGAGCAGUGUGUCUGUAACGCUGGCCGCUGGGUGUGCAAAGACCUGCCCUGCCCUGGCACCUGCGCCCUGGAAGGCGGCUCCCACAUCACCACCUUCGAUGGGAAGACGUAUACCUUCCAUGGGGACUGCUACUACGUCCUGGCCAAGGAUGAGCACAAUGAUUCCUACGCUCUCCUGGGCGAGCUGGCCCCCUGCGGCUCCACGGACAAGCAGACCUGCCUGAAGACGGUGGUGCUGCUGGCCGACAAGGAGAAGGAUGUGGUUGUCUUCAAGUCUGAUGGCAGCGUGCUGCUCAACGAGCUGCAGGUGAACCUGCCCCACGUGACCGCGAGCUUCUCCAUCUUCCGCCCAUCUUCCUACCACAUCAUCGUGACCAUGGCCAGUGGCCUCCGGCUGCAGGUGCAGCUGGCCCCAAUCAUGCAACUCUUCCUGACGCUGGACCAGGCCUCCCAGGGGCAGGUGCAGGGCCUCUGCGGGAACUUCAACGGCCUGGAAAGUGAUGACUUCAAGACGGCCAGUGGGCUGGUGGAGGCCACGGGGGCCAGCUUCGCCAACACCUGGAAGGCACAGUCAAGCUGCCAUGACAAGCUGGACUGGCUGGACGAUCCCUGCUCCCUGAACAUCGAGAGUGCCAACUACGCCGAGCACUGGUGCUCCCUCCUGAAGGACACAGAGACCCCCUUUGGCAGGUGCCACUCGGUCGUGGACCCCGCUGAGUAUUACAAGAGGUGCAAAUAUGACACAUGCAACUGCCAGAACAACGAGGACUGCCUGUGCGCCGCCCUGUCCUCCUACGCGCGUGCCUGUGCUGCCAAGGGGGUCAUGCUGUGGGGCUGGCGGGACAGUGUCUGCAACAAGGAUGUGGGCUCCUGCCCCAACUCGCAGGUCUUCCUGUACAACCUGACUACCUGCCAGCAGACCUGCCGUUCCCUCUCUGAGGCCGACAGCCACUGUCUUGAGGGCUUUGCGCCUGUGGACGGCUGCGGCUGCCCUGACCACACCUUCCUGGACGAGAAGGGCCGCUGCGUGCCCCUGGCCAAGUGCUCCUGCUACCACCACGGCCUCUACCUGGAGGCGGGGGAUGUGGUUGUCAGGCAGGAAGAACGAUGUGUGUGCCGGGACGGGAGGCUGCACUGUAGGCAGAUACAUCUGCUCAGCCAGAGCUGCAGGGCCCCGAAGAUCCACAUGGACUGCAACAACCUGACCGCACUGGCCAUCUCGAAGCCCCAAGCCCUCAGCUGCCAGACGCUGGCCGCUGGCUAUUACCACACAGAGUGUGUCAGUGGCUGUGUGUGCCCCGAUGGGCUGAUGGACGACGGCCGGGGCGGCUGUGUGGAGGAGAAGGAAUGCCCUUGCUUCCAUAAGAAGGACCUAUAUUCCCCCGGGGCCAAGAUCAACGUGGACUGCAAUACCUGCACCUGCCAGAGAGGACGCUGGGUAUGCACCCAGGCUUUGUGCCAUGGCACCUGCUCCAUUUACGGGAGCGGCCACUACAUCACCUUUGACGGGAAGCACUACGACUUUGACGGACACUGCUCCUACGUGGCUGUUCAGGACUACUGCGGCCAGAACUCACCGGGCUCAUUCAGCAUCAUCACCGAGAACGUCCCCUGUGGCACGACGGGCGUCACCUGCUCCAAGGCCAUCAAGAUCUUCAUUGGGAGAACGGAGCUGAAGUUGGAAGACAAGCACCGUGUGGUGAUUCAGCGCGACGAGGGUCACCAUGUGGCCUACACCACGCGGGAGGUGGGCCAGUACCUGGUGGUGGAGUCCAACACGGGCAUCAUCGUCAUCUGGGACAAGAGGACCACCGUGUUCAUCAAGCUGGCUCCCUCCUACAAGGGCACAGUGUGUGGCCUGUGCGGGAACUUUGAUGACCGUUCCAACAACGACUUCACCACACGGGACCACAUGGUGGUGAGCAGCGGGCUGGACUUCGGGAACAGCUGGAAGGAGGCCCACACCUGCCCGGACGUGAGCACCAACCCUGAGCCCUGCAGCCUGAACCCGCACCGCCGUUCCUGGGCCGAGAAGCAAUGCAGCAUCCUCAAAAGCGAUGUGUUCAGCAUCUGCCAUGACAAGGUGGACCCCAAGCCCUUCUACGAGGCCUGCGUGCACGACUCGUGCUCCUGUGACACGGGUGGGGACUGUGAGUGCUUCUGCUCUGCCGUGGCCUCCUAUGCCCAGGAGUGUACCAAAGAGGGGGCCUGCGUGUUCUGGAGGACGCCAGACCUGUGCCCCAUAUUCUGUGACUACUACAACCCUCCACAUGAGUGUGAGUGGCACUAUGAGCCGUGCGGGACCCCGAGCUUCGAGACCUGCAGGACCAUCAACGGCAUCCACUCCAGCAUCUCUGUGUCCUACCUGGAGGGCUGCUAUCCCCGGUGCCCCAAGGACAGGCCCAUCUUUGACGAGGACCUGAAGAAGUGUGUCACUGCAGACAAGUGUGGCUGCUACAUCGAGGACACCCACUACCCACCUGGAGCGUCGGUUCCCACCGAGGAGAUCUGCAAGUCUUGUAUGUGUACCGAAUCCUCCCAAGUCAUCUGCAGGCCAGAGGAAGGAAAGAUUCUCAACCAGACCCAGGAUGGCGCCUUCUGCUACCAGGAGCUCUGUGGCCCCAACGGGACGGUGAAACAGCACUUCUACCUCUGUUCCACUACGUCACUCCCGUCCACCCUGACCACCUCCACCACCGUCCCCCUCCCCACCACCCCCACCACCUUCACCACCACCACCACCACCACCACCACCACCACCACCACCACCACCACCACGCCGACCCCCAGCACAG